AUGAAGAUGGAUGGAGAUGGCUCCCCUGCUCUGCUCAGGACGUACAACGACGCCAAGUAUGCUCACCGGACAUGCGUCCAGAGGUGGUGCGACGAGAAGGGGGACACCAUAUGUGAGAUAUGCUUAAAGCUUGUGUUUGUUGAUGAUAAAACAACAAUUCACACCAAACUACAAGGCUCCUUCCAAGCUGUUUCGGCAGGGAAGAAACUCCAUCUUCUUCAGGUACCAAUUUCUAAUGCUUCACCUGUCAAACAUAUCACAUCUCACAAAUGUGUGGAGUGCAAUGCCUCGUACGAGUACCACUCCCUCUACGCCUACUUCGACCGGGACAAUGUUACCCUUAAGGGCUUUGCCAAGUUCUUUAAGGAAUCGAGCGACGAGGAGAGGGAACACACGGAGAUGCUUAUGGAGUACCAGAACAGACGUGGAGGGCGGGUGAGGCUCCAGUCUAUCGUGACCCCAUUGACAGAGUUCGACCACUCUGAGAAAGGCGAUGCUCUGUAUGUGCUGCUACUGAUGCUACUCGUUAUGGAAUUCAUUAUGGAAUUUGGUGCAGUGUACCAUCAGUCACAGCUGCUGAGUUAGCCAGUUAGGUGCCCGGUUUGUGCUCGCUACCGAAGGAGCUCCAUGUUGAAGAAGAUUGAAGAGCACCAGGGUUAACACCAGGGCAGCUUGUAGAGCUUGUAGAGCUUGUAUAUGUAUAGAGCUUGUAAAUGUAUCACGUGUAGAGCUUGUAGAGCUUGUAUAUGUUAGAGCUUAUUAUGUGUAGAGCUUGAAGAGUAUAUAUUAUUUGUACAAUAGGAGCUCUGUACUGAAUCUGCCUGAUAAUAUUUGGAGUAUUAUGUGUG